GGAAAAGGAAAAAGAAGUCUACUAAGUCAUGAGCACUAGAAGAAAUCUCUAUCCUUCCUUCGACGACUGUCAACCUGACAGCAUCCAAGUCAAGAACACUGAUAGUGAUAACGAAAGAGAACUUGAUACUCCACUAAUGGGUUCCAAAAUCAAUGAAUUAAAUCAAAGAGUUGAGUUAAUUGAAUCGAAUGUUGUAUCCGGAUUUGAACGACUAGAACGAAUGCUCGAAGGUGUAUUAGCCCGUAACGAACGGCCGGAAACCGGUUAUCGAAGGUCACAACAGAGAUUGCGUCCUCUUACAUGGAGCUCCAGUGAAGUGGAAAUUCUGAAUGUCAUAAAAUACAAUGUGAGUUAUUGAAAGGAAAGAAACAAAUUGAUAAAAUAUAAGUACAAAAAUGAUCCAAUAGAAGAAGAUUUUAAAAUAAGAAUAGGUAUUAACAAAAAGAAUUUUAAAACAUCAGCAGACAAAUUAAAGAAUAUCCAAAAAUACAUAAUAAGAUAUUGAAAAGAAAUAAAAUUAUCAAAAAAAGUACAUGAAAAACUCAAAAAUUAA